AUGGCUGACAAAGGCAAAAAGGGCAAAGCGGCCGCCUCGGCGCCGGCAGCUGAGCCGCCGGCAGCUGCGCCCCCGGCGCCGGCAGCUGCGCCGCCUGCGCCCCCGCCCCCUCCGGCGUCAUCGGACCCCAAACUCCAAGACAAGAAAGACCAGGGGCCCAAGAAAAAGGAUAAGUCAGUGCAGCCCAAGGAUGAAGUGGGCAUGAGGAAGGGGUGUCGCCGCUACAAGUGGGAACUCAAGGACAGCAAUAGAGAGUUUUGGGUUAUGGGGCACGCUGAGGUCAAGAUCCUGAGCUUGGGCUGCCUAAUAGCUGCACUGGUAAUGUUCACGGGGACCACCGUGCACCCUCUCCUGACACUCAUCAUCACCAUGGAGUUGUCCGUCUUCUGCUUCUUCUUCAUUAUCUACACCUUCGCCAUCAACAGAUACAUGUCCUUCAUCCUGUGGCCUAUUUCUGACCUUCUCAACGACCUGUUUGCCUUCAUCUUCCUUGUGGGGGCUGUAGUCAUAGCUGUGAGAAGCCGACAGACCAUGCCCAUGCACUACUUCAUUGCUGUGAUCCUUAUUGGCGUGGCUGGACUUUUCGCCUUAAUCGAUAUAUGUCUUCAAAGAAAACAUUUCAAAGGCAAGAGAGUCAAAAGGAAUGUGCUAAUUCCCCCUGCAGGAAAGGAGCAAAAGUUAGACAAGCCAAAGGAAGGAGAAAAGCCACCGGAAAAUGUACCAGAAAAGGCAGGAGAAAAGCCCAAGGAUAAAGGAAAGGGAGGCAAGAAAUGACGGGAAGGGGAUCCUGGCUGUCAGGGCGACAGCGUGUUUUACCACAAAACAUAUGUCCACUGUCCGUCCUGUCUUCUCUCUAGAAUGGUUUUCCUUUCCAUCCUAAUAACCACCUUUCCUUGGAAAAGAAAUUCCUCUUUAAAUGG